CGAUGCCUUUGCUAUGACACGUUCGUAAAAAGUCUUAACGCUCGGUUACGUUACUAACACAACUGAUUUUGCUAGCUAACACCAGCUAGGGUUAGCUCGGACCAAGGAUACAGGCAACAGAAACGAGAUGGUAAACUGUUCAGUACUUCCAUUUCUGUGUUAGCUGCCGGACCCGCAGACGUUUGCUUCUGGUUUUUCUGCGUGUUUCCCUCUCACUACACACAGCUCAUCCACUCACUGAAGAAAGAUGAAAAGAGCCAGAGGCGGCGGUGACGAGGAGGCUCCCCGGCAGAAUGGCUCUGCUGCCCGCAGGAAAGGAGACCAACAGCAAAGUGAUGGGGACGACGGUGACUCUACCUUCGGGCCAGCUGACCUGCAAGACGACGACAAUGACCCGGGCCUCAGGAGAGAAAUACGGAGCAAGUACAGAGACCUGAUCAACUCCGUACAACAGAAUAGAGAAGAUAUGCUGAGCCCCUCCAACAACAAACUCACAGAAGUUUUAGAACAGGCAAACAAGCUUUUUAAAGAUGUUCGGCAGGCGAGGGAAGCAGCUCUGGACGCUCAGCUUCUGGUUGUGGCCACAGACCUGGGAAAGGAGAAAGCGAGCCAACUGUUUGCCGAGGGCACCGCUUUCGAUCCCACCGCUUUCGCUGAACAUCUUUUGUCCUUCAUGGGUCUCAACCGACUAGAAGACGGGGAGGACGAGCAGAACGGCGUUGACGGCUACCUGCCCCAGGAUGCCUGGCACAGAGUGGCCAGGAGGGCAGAGUGCUGCUUCAGGACGGCACCCUCCUUCCAUUACAUGAUGGGCUCGUUCCAUGCAGAGCCGCCUCCUCCAAAGCAAAGGAUUGAACGACAAAGGAAAGCACCCAGCAAGGAAGCCAAGAGGAUAAUGCCCACUCAGCUGAAGAAAAUGGAAGAGUCCCAUCAAGAAGCAACGGAGAAAGAGGUGGAAAGGAUCCUAGGAUACCUGAAGAGUUAUUACCAAGAUGAUCCAACAUCACCGAUAUCGUAUUACGAGUUUGUCAUCGACCCCACCUCGUUUUCCCGGACAGUAGAGAACAUUUUCCACACGUCUUUUCUAAUCAGGGAUGGUUUGGCACGGAUGUACUUGGAUAAUGCGAAACUGCCAUGUAUAGCACCUGUAGAGGAGGGGGAGGUGGAGGCUGGAGGAUCAUGCACUCGUAAACAGUGCAUCAUCUCUAUCAGCCCAAAGACAUGGAAGGAGCUCAUAGACGCCUUCGACAUCAGAGACACAAUGAUUCACCCUCCAAACACAGAAUGAGAGAGGGGCUGCGCCACUUUCUGUUAGCUGAAACUGAAAAUUGUUUUUAGGUGUGUCGCUGUUUUAUUAACAUUUCUAAAUAAUAAAAACAAAUUCUUAGAAAUUUUCAAAGGCCAAUUUUUGAUGUAUGUCACCCUUGAGAUCAUAAUUACUCAAU